AUGGCUGAGGAAGGAGUUGAGAAGAUUGUUCAUCACACCAAGCGUGUUUUUAUCAACAACUUUGACUCCUAUGCCUCGAAAUGUAUCGCAAAGGUGGGGAUUUUUGAAACUGACAUAUUGUGUAAAUAAUAAUUAAGCUACGCUUCCGAACUAAACCUUGUGUUUCAUCCAUUGCUAGCCAGCUAACGUUAGCCUAGCUGUGUGCUGACCCUUGCUAUUCAAAGAUGUCAAAACAACAAGUAUGUGUCGGUUGUAUACGUAGCUAUGUAAAAGAAAGUAGCUACAGCAAUGGGUUAGACUGGGUUGACCAGAACCAUACCUGCCUAAAAUGUCUCUCUGCUGUGUGCAGUUCUUGUCUGCCUGUGUAGUGGGGGCGUCCCUGGUGGAGACUGAUGAGCCAGAGGUGGAAGAAGAGGAGGAGAGGAUAUCCAAAGACGAGCAUCCAAAAGUCAAAGAGGGAACCUUUCAAAUUGUCGGAACUAUUGCAAACAAAAACGAAAGAAGACCAAGUUAUGUGUUGGAUGAAUAUUUUGUGAGUUACAUUAGCCUAAUGUGUGUAGCAACAUUUCCUUUCCAGGUGCUCUGCAUCUUAUCAUCAAAGAAGAACACGAAGUGUUACCUAAACAAGUGCUAUGUGUUUGAAUGAUUUCAGCAACUGAAAAGGGAAGAACUCCUGGAGCGCCUGAUGGAGUGUGAUAUCAUAAUUUACAACAUCACUGAGCAUGCUGACCAGAUAGAUGAGGCCUCUUGGGCAAUCUCAGGUAGGCUACUGUUUGUCUCUCAUUGACUCUGAUUAUUAAUACAAACACACACACACCACUACACUAUCUCUCUGUGUUGGUCUGGGAAUUAUUACACAUUGCAUAGCACACCAUUGAUUAAAUUGAAAUGGAUGCAUUGCAUGACCCUAGAAAUCAAUGCCUACUUCACAGUUCACUGUUGUUUCGCCAGCCCUUCAUGCUGAGAUGGCCAGGUUCAGUCAGCCAAAGAUGUUCAUCCUCAUAUCAACUGUGAUGACCUGGGCUCUCAGCAAGCCUGUUGAUCCGGUGAGUGGGCCAGGAUUCACUUCCGCAUUAUUGUAUCGACCUUAUGCCAACACCUAGCCUGAGUACCAUUCUCUUUAACUAACAUUCCACUCCUUGCCACUACUUGUCAUUGCCAAAGAGACUGGCCUUUCGGCAAUCUUCAAAUAUGAACAUUCUAUCAUUGUGGUCCUCUGUAGCUCAGCUGGUAGAGCACGGCGCUUGUAACGCCAAGGUAGUGGGUUCGAUCCCCGGGACCACAGAUACACAAAAAAAAUUUAUGCACGCAUGACUGUAAGUCGCUUUGGAUAAAAGCGUCUGCUAAAUGGCAUAUUAUAUUAUUAUUAUUAUUAAUGAACUCGAGGAAAUCAGAGGAUUUGAUCCUGAUUCGAUAACCCUCACAGCUAUCAUCCAAUCACAAUGUUAAUGCAAAUUAGACUAAUAGGAAAACGUUCUAACUUUAAUUCAUACAUUUGAUUGGAAACAUUGGGCAUUCUGAUGUAAUACAUUUCAUUGUAAACAUAAACAUUGGAUGCGGGGAGAACAGAGGAUUCCCCAGCAGUUCAUUGUGAAUGCUGUAGCCUAUUUUAUAUCCAGCAAGCAAGAGCAAGGUGCUUCUUGUGUCUGGGACACGCAUUUGACUAGGCUACUGGUUCAAGAGCUAUAAGAGGAAUACAGAGGAUGGAAGCGCGAGAGGCCAGUAGAGAUGCCAGCGGAGAUGCAUGAAUUGUGCAAGAAAGGAACAGGCAAGACAGAUGUGUAAAUUAGAACUUAAUUCAUAGGCUGGGCUAUUAAUUCGACAUUCGUAUGCUAGCCUAUGUAUUAGGCCUAGCCUAAUCCUACUACAGCAAAUUUAGGCUACCACCUCCUGUGCUAUGCAAGCCCUGACAUACGCUUUGUACCAAUGAAUUGAAGUUGGGCAUCGCCAAAUGCGUCAGUUUAAUUAAAUGUGCAAUAAAAAAGUAUCGUGCCUAGGCCUAUUUAAUGAAACCCUGGCUGUUGACAUAGGCAACAGAUCGCAAAGCAGGGAAUCCCCAUUCCCCACUGAGCUGAUUUUUGGAAAUGGCAAGUUUACUUUCUCAUCCAUAAACACAUAAAGUGCAAGUGCACUGUACAUCAGCUCACAUCAGCAGGACGGGGAGCCUUUUCAUUAGGAGGGACAUCUAAUGUGGAUCACUAAAAUAAUGAUUACUAUCACAUUUCCUCAAUUUAAAUAUUAGACCUAUGGGGAUACUUAUACGUUUGGCAGCCAAGCACGAGUGAUCAUUGUAGCCUUUAUCGUCUAGACAUGAUGUUGAAAUAUCUUCACGCCUAGAAUAAAAACCUCCAGGCUUCCAUCAUAGACUCAAUUGAAUGAAAAAAAAGGAAGAUUUACAGGAAAUGAAUCCUGUGCUAAUCUUCCUCUGGAAUAAGGCACAUACGUGGAUAAUAUAAUACAAUUAAAAUAAUUAUGUAACCAACGUCUCUAGUAAUACUAUAGCUGUCUCUCUCUCCCGCCUUCAAACUUUCCAUGUCAAUUCAUUUGCUAGGCAAUAAUAUUUUAGCAUUAUGUUAUAAUGUAGCCUAGGCCCACUUUCUGAUGGACUACAGCCAAGAUUUGAAGGUGAGCCUAGGUUUUGAAUGCGUUUUUAGGAAAGGACAAAUGUGAUUUGUGUGUGUCAGAGGUGCGCUGGUGGCUUUGAUUGAUGGGUCCUUUUAGGGUGUGUAUGUGUGUGUGAGUUCGCUAAUUCUCUCUAUGUCUAUUCAGAAAGUUUCCUAAAGUAGCCUGUCUGGACUCCGUCUCUUAAUAAGACAGGAGGGACUAAUAAUAUAUAUGAAAUGAGCAUAACAAAUUGUAAAAAUGUAAGCACGUUUUGCGUUUCUUUCCUCUCAUUUAUGGGAUGCAACUGAAGAAAACGUAACUUGAUUUAAUCUUAUAGGCUAAUGUAUUUUCUGUAUCAUUAUUUCUCUCUCAUUACGGAGUCCUCGCUAGCUACAGUGGGGGAAAAAAGUAUUUAGUCAGCCACCAAUUGUGCAAAUUCUCCCACUUAAAAAGAUGAGAGAGGCCUGUAAUUUUCAUAAUAUGUACACGUCAACUAUGACAGACAAAAUGAGAAAAAAAUAUCCAGAAAAUCACAUUGUAGGAUUUGUAAUGCAUUUAUUUGCAAAUUAUGGUGGAAAAUAAGUAUUUGGUCAAUAACAAAAGUUUCUCAAUACUUUGUUAUAUACCCUUUGUUGGCAAUGACACAGGUCAAAUGUUUUCUGUAAGUCUUCACAAGGUUUUCACACACUGUUGCUGGUAUUUUGGCCCAUUCCUCCAUGCAGAUCUCCUCUAGAGCAGUGAUGUUUUGGGGCUGUCGCUGGGCAACACGGACUUUCAACUCCCUCCAAAGAUUUUCUAUGGGGUUGAGAUCUGGAGACUGGCUAGGCCACUCCAGGACCUUGAAAUGCUCCUUACGAAGCCACUCCUUCGUUGCCCGGGCGGUGUGUUUGGGAUCAUUGUCAUGCUGAAAGACCCAGCCACGUUUCAUCUUCAAUGCCCUUGCUGAUGGAAGGAGGUUUUCACUCAAAAUCUCACGAUACAUGGCCCCAUUCAUUCUUUCCUUUACACGGAUCAGUCGUCCUGGUCCCUUUGCAGAAAAACAGCCCCAAAGCAUGAUGUUUCCACCCCCAUGCUUCACAGUAGGUAUGGUGUUCUUUGGAUGCAACUCAGCAUUCUUUGUCCUCCAAACACGACGAGUUGAGUUUUUACCAAAAAGUUCUAUUUUGGUUUCAUCUGACCAUAUGACAUUCUCCCAAUCCUCUUCUGGAUCAUCCAAAUGCACUCUAGCAAACUUCAGACGGGCCUGGACAUGUACUGGCUUAAGCAGGGGGACACGUCUGGCACUGCAGGAUUUGAGUCCCUGGCGGCGUAGUGUGUUACUGAUGGUAGGCUUUGUUACUUUGGUCCCAGCUCUCUGCAGGUCAUUCACUAGGUCCCCACGUGUGGUUCUGGGAUUUUUGCUCACCGUUCUUGUGAUCAUUUUGACCCCACAGGGUGAGAUCUUGCGUGGAGCCCCAGAUCGAGGGAGAUUAUCAGUGGUCUUGUAUGUCUUCCAUUUCCUAAUAAUUGCUCCCACAGUUGAUUUCUUCAAACCAAGCUGCUUACCUAUUGCAGAUUCAGUCUUCCCAGCCUGGUGCAGGUCUACAAUUUUGUUUCUGGUGUCCUUUGACAGCUCUUUGGUCUUGGCCAUAGUGGAGUUUGGAGUGUGACUGUUUGAGGUUGUGGACAGGUGUCUUUUAUACUGAUAACAAGUUCAAACAGGUGCCAUUAAUACAGGUAACGAGUGGAGGACAGAGGAGCCUCUUAAAGAAGAAGUUACAGGUCUGUGAGAGCCAGAAAUCUUGCUUGUUUGUAGGUGACCAAAUACUUAUUUUCCACCAUAAUUUGCAAAGAAAUUCAUUAAAAAUCCUACAAUGUGAUUUUCCUGAUUUUUUUUUCUCCAUUUGUCUGUCAUAGUUGACGUGUACCUAUGAUGAAAAUUACAGGCCUCUCUCAUCUUUUUAAGUGGGAGAACUUGCACAAUUGGUGGCUGACUAAAUACUUUUUUUCCCCACUGUACUUUGAACAACAUGAUCUUGCGUUAGCACUGCCUUCUCACAAACUGAAUUAUCGCAGCAGGUCGUAAUGGUAUUGUUUGUUGUUUGUAAAUAUUGUAAUUUUUAUGUUGUGCCAAAUUUGUGCGCACCCCAUGUUCCAGAACAUUGUCAUGGAAAAUGUGUAUGUUUUUUCCAGCUACCAAUCAGCAACUGCGCCGUAAAUCUGGCUGCAUAUUGAACGUUGAGAUUGCUGAAAGGACAGUCUCUUUGGCAAUGAGAAGGAGUGGCAAGGAGUUGAACGUUAGCUAAAGAGACUGGUACACCUAGCAACCUUGUCAAGAGGUUUCGGAUCUCUUAGCGAAGCGGCUAUGGUGUUGGGUUGACAGUCGCUGGACCUGGUUCAUGUCCCGGUUAGAGCCACCCCUGAACUCGCUACAAUAUCUAAAAUGAUCCAUGUGUGUUUACAAAGUAUUGUAUCAUAGAGCACUUGAACUGUUUCAACCAAGACUUGUUCACUGGAAGUUGUUUUGAAUGUAUGAUGUUUGCUGUUACUUUUUCAGGAUGACCCUGAGAUUCCAUUCACCGAGGAAGACUACAGGAGAAGAAGAGCCCAUCCCAACUUCAAAGAGCAUAUCAACGUUGAGAAACUUGUGGUCAAAAUGGGCAAAACGGUUAAUCUGCAUAUUCUUUGUCAGUUUAUUGUGUUAUUAAAAGUGUGUACCAAUGCAUAACAUUCUUUUCAACCUGCUCAUUCCAAGGUUUUUCUUUCGCUAUAGAAAAGUUCAUUGUUCUCCACAUACGUAGUGGCCUCAGGAGUUCAGUAUGGAAUGGGAGAGCAAGUCUUCCACUUCUUCUUCAAGGUAGAUCAUAACAUUGAUUGAUUAUUGUUACCUAUACUGAGUGUACAAAACAUUAAGAACACCUGCUCUUUCCAUGAUAUAGACUGACCAGGUGAAUUCAGGUGAAAGCUAUGAUAUGUUAUUGAUGUCACUUGUUAAAUCCACCUCAAUCAGUGUAGAUGAAGGGGAGGAGAUAUUCAUAUAGGGGAUCAUUGAAUGUACUGUAAGUUGUCUUGUGUGGUUCCUUUUUCAUUAGACAUCUUGGUUGGGAGACUUGCCCAAAGUCCCUAUCUUUGGAGAAGGCACCAAUGUCAUUCCUACUAUUCACAUCAAUGACCUUGCAGGGUGAGUCCUAUUCUUAUUUUCCUUCGAAACAUGAAAUAGGCCUGUCUUUAUGUACAGUCACUAGUGAAAGUCUACACACCCCUUGCACAGUCUUCACAUUUUUGCUACUUUAAUCAAAUAAAAUCUCAAAAGGGAUUAAAUUAGAUGUUUUCCCCUAUUGAUUUAUACAACCUACUCCCCAAGUGAAAGAAAAUUACUAAGAAAUACAGAAAUUAGGAUGUAUUGAUUGCGUAUGUCUUUACAUCCCAGAGUUAAUACUUGGUGGAAGCACCUUUGGCAGUCAUUACAGCUGUUAAAUCAUUUUUUAUAAGAUUCUACCAACCUUGCACAACUCUUAGGGCAAGAUACUGUAUAUCCAUUGUUUUUGUCAAAAUUGCUCAAGCUCAGUAAAUUUUGUUGGGAAUCAUUGAUGGACAGCAAUAUUCAAACCUUGUCUCUGAUUUUUAAAAGCAGAUUUAAGUCAGGAUGGAGACUGGAUCAUUCAAGAACGCUCAACACCUCUUGGAAAGCCAUUCUGGUGUGUCUUUUGCAUAAAAAUGUGUGAAAUUGUCUCAGGGGUUUCAGAAGACUGAGGCAGAUUUUCUGCAAACUUUUUACCUGGGCUUCGCUCCUUUUAUAUGUCUUUUGAUCCUAACAAACUCCCCAGUCCCUGCCGGUGACAAGCAUGAUGCUGCCUAGGGCUGUUACGGUGACCGUAUUACCACCACACCGGCGGUCACGAGUCAUGACGGCAAUCAAAUUCCACAUGACCAUUUAGUCAUGGUAAUUAGACUUCUCCAAGCUCUGAUGCUGCUAAUGGUCAUUAGUAGUCUACCAAACUUGCUAACUGCCUGGUGCUCAGCACUCUAUUGUCCCUCUAAUCACUCUGACAUCAAUGCAAAUGUAUUGAAAAUGUAAUCAAACAUUUCAUGAGAGCCCAUGACCUCAUGUUGGGCAACAUUUCUGUAGGCUAUGCAGAGUUUUGAUGGCCUCUAUUAAAAAGAGGAGGAUCCCAUCAGCUUUCUAUAAGCUAGGCCUACUGUAUUUAUUUCUCAACUUUCCUAAUAUGAAGCACAUUGCUUCUCUUUACAACAGGAGUAUAGCCUACCUGGCUGGCAUAAAAAUGAACCACAGGAAAAGCGUCCUCCAUUCACUAUUUAAGUGCAUAGAUGACAUGUAUUUUUCCCCUGCCUCUGUUUCGAGACAGGUGCAUGAUAAUGGUCCACUAAAUAAAAAGAAUGUCACAUGUAUGAAGAAAAAAAAUGUAUGCACUCACUAACUGUAAGUCGCUCUGGAUAAGAGCAUCUGCUAAAUGACUAGAAUGUAAAAUGUAAAAAUGUUAUUUAGUAUUUGUAAAGACAAGAUUAAAUCGAGAAUAGUCUGAUGGGUGACAAUAUUAGCCUAUCACUUGUGAAUUAUAUAUUAUCACUUGUGAAUGAUGCCCAGCUUGUGAGGCAAGAAACAGCGAAUGCCUUUUUUUAGCGACUUUUUUGAAAUCAUAUUCGCACACCUCAUGUAGCCUAGCCCAUAGGCCUAUAUGUUUUGAUAAGGUUUGUAUCACAACUAAAGUGGCCAAAUAACUUCUUAAAAUUAAGCACAUUAAUGGGUGUAGAGCCUAACUGGCAUACACACGCAGCGCGUGAGUUUCAAGUUUGGGGAAGAUAAUUUUCACCAUAAAAAUGCACAUUUUUAAUAAAAGCAUUACAUGCAUAAUCACAUUUGUGGUCACUUUUGAGAAUGGUGUAAUUUAAUGCAUUUUAGAACAUUUGCGCUUAUAGUCUACUGCCGUGUCACAUUCCUAUGCUUAUAAUGUGAAGAAAUAGCGUAAUAGUUUAUCAACAUUUUAAGCUAAACGUCUGAUCUGUUGCGUCAGCCUCAUUGCUUUUAAAAGUUUUUUUGAAGCUAGUCGUUGUAUUAAUUUGGGAUAGAUCGCAUCCCACAACUGGCCAGACUAUGUUUAGAAUAUUUAUUUCUCGCACAGAAUAGAAUAUAGGUGAACUUUUGUACUAUGGGGGAUAGUAGAUUGACAUAGGCUAGUGCUUGUGCUGUUCGUUAGGCCUACUCAUCUUGUUGGCUGACGAAAAGUAAAUGUGGACAGUUCUUCCAAUAUCUUCAAUAUGCUAGUGCUUUUGCUGUUCAUAAGGCCUACUCAUCUUGUUGGCUGAUGAAAAGUAAAUGUGGACAGUUCUUCCAAUAUCUUCAAUAUGCUAGUGCUUGUGCUGUUCGUUAGGCCUACCCAUCUUGUUGGUUGAUGAAAAGUAAAUGUGGACAGUUCUUCCAAUAUCUUCAAUAUGCUAGUGCUUGUGCUGUUCGUUAGGCCUACUCAUCUUGUUGGUUGACGAAAAGUAAAUGUGGACAGUUCUUCCAACAUCUUCAAUAUAUGCCUUGGAAUUCAACGCACGCAAUUCCGUCCCCGCUGUGUCUGUCUUCACUUGUAGCCUGUGAGAAGGACCCGAUCACCUGACGGGCAUUGGCUAAUAAGAAUUGAGAUAUCUGAGAGAGCCAUGUGAGUGAGAGGUGCUUUGGAGGACGCAGCCGGGAGAAGGGAAUUAUAAUUAUUAUAUUCAGCCCAAGCGCACAACGGUCACUGGCCGCAAAAGGCAUGGAUUUUUAUUUGGGGCAUUAAGGUCACACAAAGGGGAUGCUGCCGGGAAAUUCAAGGUAUUAUCAAGUGCUUGUCAAAUUGUGAAUGAGAGACUGAGGAAGUGUGUGCAGCCUGCGCAAAAAACAAAGCAGAGCUCAUGCCUUUCAUGCUACUUUUUUCAAAUGAAAUGCAGCCUUAGAAUGUAUUAAAAACCAAAACAUAUAGCCCAACGUUUGUAUCACAACUAAAGUUGCAUAAAUAACUCUAAAUUAAGCAUAUAGGAGGACCUGUUUCUUUGUUAACAGCUCAACACAGAAUAGUCGCAUGUGCGCACUCCCUCAAAUCGUUUGGAGAAAAUAUCCUUUCUAUUUUAUUCAGCUAUAUUCGAUUGUAUUCUUCAUACUAUGAAAUAAUAUAAAAUAAUGCCACGGAUUUCUAAACAAAUCUUGCCUGCUAAAUGAACUAGUGUAGCCCACAGCCAUAUGGCAUAGCCAGAUCAGGGCCUAACAUGAGGACAACUCAGAGUAUGCUAUUCCGUUCUUCUGAAAUAGACUACAUUUUCUUCAUAUCAUGUUUCUUUAGACCUGUCUAAAAUAAAUAAUGGAUUUAUUGUGAAGGUGUAGGCUAUAUUACAUGGAUUUAUUAGACUAAAAUGUAGAUGUUCCAAAGGUCUGCAUCAGUGGCUUGUAUGCUAUGCGUGGAAGCCAAGAGAUGCUAAAUGUGUUUAUGUUAAUUAACGGUCAAUUACUGUGAGACCGGCAGUUAUUUGCAUGACAAUCACCAGCUGACAAAAUUUCAUGACCGCCACAGCCCUAAUGCGGCCAUGACAAUACUUGAAAAUACAAAGGGAUCAACAACAUUGCAUUCACUCCACAUUACUGAAAAAAAGGAAGCCUGUGUUCCAGAAAAAUCCACUCCAAAUCAUCCAUUCUGUUUGCAACAAGGCCUUUAAGUAAUAUUGCAAGACAACAUGGCAAAGACAUGAACUAUAUAUAUAUAUAUACAGUGAGGGAAAAAAGUAUUUGAUCCCCUGCUGAUUUUGUACGUUUGCCCACUGACAAAGAAAUGAUCAAUCUAUAAUUUUAAUGGUAUAUUUAUUUGAACAGUGAGAGACAGAAUAACAACAAAAAAUUCAGAAAAACGCAUGUCAAAAAUGUUAUAAAUUGAUUUGCAUUUUAAUGAGGGAAAUAACUAUUUGACCCCCUCUCAAUCAGAAAGAUUUCUGGCUCCCAGGUGUCUUUUAUACAGGUAACGAGCUGAGAUUAGGAGCACACUCUUAAAGAGAGUGCUCCUAAUCUCAGUUUGUUACCUGUAUAAAAGACACCUGUCCACAGAAGAAAUCAAUCAAUCAGAUUCCAAACUCUCCACCAUGGCCAAGACCAAAGAGCUCUCCAAGGAUGUCAGGGACAAGAUUGUAGACCUACACAAGGCUGGAAUGGGCUACAAGACCAUCGCCAAGCAGCUUGGUGAGAAGGUGACAACAGUUGGUGUGAUUAUUCGCAAAUGGAAGAAACACAAAAUAACUGUCAAUCUCCCUCGGCCUGGGGCUCCAUGCAAGAUCUCACCUCGUGGAGUUGCAAUGAUCAUGAGAAUGGUGAGGAAUCAGCCCAGAACUACACAGGAGGAUCUUGUCAAUGAUCUCAAGGCAGCUGGGACCAUAGUCACCAGGAAAACAAUUGGUAACACACUACGCCGUGAAGGACUGAAAUCCUGCAGUGCCCGCAAGGUCCCCCUGCUCAAGAAAGCACAUAUACAGGCCCAUCUGAUGUUUGCCAAUGAACAUCUGAAUGAUUCAGAGGAGAACUGGGUGAAAGUGUUCAGAUGAGACCAAAAUCGAGCUCUUUGGCAUCAACUCAACUCGCCGUGUUUGGAGGAGGAGGAAUGCUGCCUAUGACCCCAAUAACACCAUCCCCACCGUCAAGCAUGGAGGUGGAAACAUUAUGCUUUGGGGGGGGGUUUCUGCUAAGGGGACAGGACAACUUCACUGCAUCAAAGGGACGAUGGACGGGGCCAUGUACCGUCAAAUCUUGGGUGAGAACCUCCUUCCCUCAGCCAGGGCAUUGAAAAUGGGUCGUGGAUGGGUAUUCCAGCAUGACGAUGACCCAAAACACACGGCCAAGGCAACAAAGGAGUGGCUCAAGAAGAAGCACAUUAAGGUCCUGGAGUGGCCUAGCCACUCUCCAGACCUUAAUCCCAUAGAAAUUCUGUGGAUGGAGCUGAAGGUUCGAGUUGCCAAAUGUCAGCCUCGAAAUCUUAAUGACUUGGAGAAGAUCUGCAAAGAGGAGUGGGACAAAAUCCCUCCUGAGAUGUGUGCAAACCUGGUGGCCAACUACAAGAAACAUCUGAAGUACUAAGUCAUGUUUUGCAGAGGGGUCAAAUACUUAUUUCCCUCAUUAAAAUGCAAAUCAAUUUAUAACAUUUUUGACAUGUGUUUUUCUGGAUUUUGUUGUUGUUAUUCUGUCUCUCACUAUUCAAAUAAACCUACCAUUAAAAUUAUAGACUGAUCAUGUCUUUGUCAGUGGGAAAACAUACAAAAUCAGCAAGGGAUCAAAUACUUUUUUUCCCUCACUGUAUAUACACUGCUCAAAAAAAUAAAGGGAACACUUAAACAACACAAUGUAACUCCAAGUCAAUCACAUUUCUGUGAAAUCAAACUGUCCACUUAGGAAGCAACACUGAUUGACAAUACAUUUCACAUGCUGUUGUGCAAAUGGAAUAGACAACAGGUGGAAAUUAUAGGCAAUUAGCAAGACACCCCCAAUAAAGGACUGGUUUGCAGGUGGUGACCACAGACCACUUCUCAGUUCCUAUGCUUCCUGGCUGAUGUUUUGGUCACUUUUGAAUGCUGGCGGUGCUUUCACUCUAGUGGUAGCAUGAGACGGAGUCUACAACCCACACAAGUGGCUCAGGUAGUGCAGCUCAUCCAGGAUGGCACAUCAAUGCGAGCUGUGGCAAGAAGGUUUGCUGUGUCUGUCAGCGUAGUGUCCAGAGCAUGGAGGCGCUACCAGGAGACAGGCCGGUACAUCAGGAGACGUGGAGGAGGCCGUAGGAGGGGAACAACCCAGCAGCAGGACUGCUACCUCCGCCUUUGUGCAAGGAGGAGCAGGAGGAGCACUGCCAGAGCCCUGCAAAAUGACCUCCAGCAGGCCACAAAUGUGCAUGUGUCUGCUCAAACGGUCAGAAACAGACUCCAUGAGGGUGGUAUGAGGGCCCGACAUCCACAGGUGGGGGUUGUGCUUACAGCCCAACACCGUGCAGGACGUUUGGCAUUUGCCAGAGAACACCAAGAUUGGCAAAUUCGCCACUGGCGCCCUGUGCUCUUCACAGAUGAAAGCAGGUUCACACUGAGCACAUGUAACAGACGUGACAGAGUCUGGAGACGCCGUGGAGAGCGUUCUGCUGCCUGCAACACCCUCCAGCAUGACCGGUUUGGCGGUGGGUCAGUCAUGGUGUGGGGUGGCAUUUCAUUGGGGGGCCGCACAGCCCUCCAUGUGCUCGCCAGAGGUAGCCUGACUGCCAUUAGGUACCGAGAUGAGAUCCUCAGACCCCUUGUGAGACCAUAUGCUGGUGCGGUUGGCCCUGGGUUCCUCCUAAUGCAAGACAAUGCUAGACCUCAUGUGGCUGGAGUGUGUCAGCAGUUCCUGCAAGAGGAAGGCAUUGAUGCUAUGGACUGGCCCGCCCGUUCCCCAGACCUGAAUCCAAUUGAGCACAUCUGGGACAUCAUGUCUCGCUCCAUCCACCAACGCCACGUUGCACCACAGACUGUCCAGGAGUUGGCGGAUGCUUUAGUCCAGGUCUGGGAGGAGAUCCCUCAGGAGACCAUCCGCCACCUCAUCAGGAGCAUGCCCAGGCGUUGUAGGGAGGUCAUACAGGCACGUGGAGGCCACACACACUACCUAGCCUCAUUUUGACUUGUUUUAAGGACAUUACAUCAAAGUUGGAUCAGCCUGUAGUGUGGUUUUCCACUUUAAUUUUGAGGGUGACUCCAAAUCCAGACCUCCAUGGGUUGAUACAUUUGAUUUCCAUUGAUAAUUUGUGUGUGAUUUUGUUGUCAGCACAUUCAACUAUGUAAAGAAAAAAGUAUUUAAUAAGAUUAUUUCAUUCAUUCAGAUCUAGGAUGUGUUAUUUUAGUGUUCCCUUAAUUUUUUUGAGCAGUGUAUAUAUAUAUAUAUAUAUAUAUAUAUAUAUAUAUAUAUAUAUAUAUAUAUAUGUAUAUAUAUAUAUAUACAUAUAUAUACAGUAGCAGUUUGGACACACCUACUCAUUCAAGGGUUUUUCUUUAUUUUUACUAUUUUCUAUAUUGUACAAUAAUAGUGAAGACAUCACAACUAUGAAAUAACACAUAUUGAAUCAUGUAGUAACCAAAAAAUUGUUAAACAAAUCAAAAUAUAUUUUAUAUUUGAGAUUCUUCAAAGUAGCCACCCUUUGCCUUGAUGACAGCUUUGCACACGCUUGGCAUUCUCUCAACCAGCUUCACCUGGAAUGCUUUUCCAACAGUCUUGAAGGAGUUCCCACAUAUGCUGAGCACUUGUUGGCUACUUUUCCUUCACUCUGCGGUCCAACUCAUCCCAAACCAUCUCAAUUGGGUUGAGGUCGGGUGAUUGUGGAGGCCAGGUCUUCUGAUGCAGCACUCCAUCACUCUCCUUCUUGGUCAAAUAGCCCUUACACAGCCUGGAGGUGUGUUUUGGGUCAUUGUCCUGUUCCUCUGUGGAGAUGGGAGAACCUUCCAGAAGGACAACCAUCUCUGCAGCACUCCAUGAAUCAGGCCUUUAUGGUAGAGUGGCCAUACGGAAGCCACUCCUCAGUAAAAGGCACAUGACAGCUCGCUUGGAGUUUGCCAAAAGGUACCUAAAGACUCUCAGAGAAACAAUAUUCUCUGGUCUGAUGAAACCAAGAUUGAACUCUUUGGCCUAAAUUCCAAGCGUCACAUCUGGAGGAAACCUGGCACCAUUCCUACGGUGAAGCAUGGUGGUGGCAGCAUCAUGCUGUGGGGAUGUUUUUCAGCGGCAGGGACUGGGAGACUAGUCAGGAUCGAGGCAAAGAUGAACGGAGCAAAGUACAGAGAGAUCCUUGAUGAAAACCUGUUCCAGAGCGCUCAAGACCUCAGACUGGAGCGAAUGUUCACCUUCCAACAGGACAACGACCCUAAGCACACAGCCAAGACAAUGCAUGAGUGGCUUCGGGACAAGUCCCUGAAUGUCCUUGAGUGGCCCAGCCAGAGCCAGGACUUGAACACGAUCAAACAUCUCUGGAGAGACCUGAAAAUAACUGUGCAGAAAUGCUCCCCAUCCAACCUGACAGAACUUGAGAGGAUCUGCAGAGAAGAAUGGGAGAAACACCUCAAAUACAGGUGUGCCAAGCUUGUAGCGUCAUACCCAAGAAGACUCGAGGCUGUAAUCACAAUUUUAGAAUAAGGCUGUAACCUAAAAAAGUGGAAAAAGUCAAGGGGUCUGAAAACUCUCCGAAGGCACUGUAUGUUGCCCUAACUUUCUUCUGUUCUUUAACUUUCUUUCACUUGGAAAAUAUGGAGUAGGUUGUGUAGAUCUGUAGGAAAAUAAAUCCUAUCUAAUCCCUUUUUAGAUGUAAUUUUAAGGCAGCAAUGUGAAGACUGUGCAAGGGGUGUGUAGGCUUUCACUAGGCACUGUAUCUAUUGACCAGACAAUUUUUUUCUCUCCUGAAGUGUGAUCCAGAAUGUAAUUGACCACAAGCCAAAACCACACUACUUAGUCGCUGUGGAUGAUUCCAAGACCACUAUCGAUGACAUUGUAAAGGUAUGUAAAGCAACUAUGUUUGAUCAUUGGAAAUUCAACUCUAUACGUUCAGUCAUCCAAAAUAGUGCGUUAAGGAUUAUUUUAGUUAUUAUUUUUUCAUCACCAGACAAUAGCCUAUGUGGUGGGGCCAGGAAAGACCAAGAGAGUGCCAAAAGAGGACGCUUUUCUCACUCGGGACUUGAGAGUACGUAUAUGAAGAUCAAAUCAAACUUUAUUCAUAAUACAUUUGAUUCAGACGUUACAAUAUGCUUCACAUAGAGUAGAAGGUGAGUACAAGGUUUAGAUGGCAGUUUUAUUACCAUGGUCUACUGUUCAUCACUAAAUGUAUUCAAGAAGCAAAUAAUUACAUCUGGUCAUUUAUUUUUAUUUUUCCUCAGCAAAUGGACAUCGAUGCUCUGUUUGUCAACCUUCGGGUUGAGGCUGUCUACCUGAAAGAGAACUUCAACAUCCACUGGGUGUGUGAGUCUGGUCUCAUAGACAACAUCGACCGUGUUGUUGAGGAAUACAAGAAAACCAGGGGCCUGCUGGUAAGUUAGUCAGCAGCUGUAGCAGGCUAGCAGCCCACUCUAUCGUUUAAGAGUGAACAAAGACAAUCUUGUAUUGAACGAGUGCAUAUUGUUGCAUGACAGUGUGUAUGUUUCAACUAGAUCAGACUAAAUUCUGUGUGUGGGUUGCUGAAAUGAUUUCAUGUGAAAACACAUUGCAUUUGACUGAAGAAGUUAUGUGGUAUGUACUGUAAGUUACUUUAUGUGUAUAGUAAAUGUGGUCUUUUCCCUAGCCCAUCCGAGUGUGUAUCCUGGGCCCUCCAGCAGUGGGAAAGAGCACAGUAGCAGAGAGGAUCUGUAAACACUACAAACUGCACCACAUCAGACUCAAAGAAACCAUCACUGAGACCCUCGCAGACCUUGUCAGUUUCCAUCCAACAAACAAAGACUAACAAACCAGGGCUAUGUCCCAAAUGGCCCUCUGUUCCCUAUGGUGUGCACUACUUUUGACCAGAGCCCAUAGGCCUCAUAGGCCUCUGGUCAAAAGUAGUGCACUAUAAAGGGAAUACAAUGCCAUUUGGGAGGCAGCCUAACGAUCCAGGUGCUCCAUACGAAUGUGUGCCUUUUAAAUGAGAUCCAAGCUGCAGAGACUAACUCUCCUUCAUUUCAGGAGUCUAUCAUUAGGAUGGAGGACGGAGAGACUGAGGCAGAGGAUUCUGCCACCUCAUCAGAACUCCUGGAGACUCUGAAGGAGAACAUGGAUCAGAAUGGAGGUACAGAAUGACGUAAUUUGUUGUUUUGGCCAUCAAGAUGAUAUAGUCAGUGCAAGACAUGUUUUCUCUGUCUAUUCUAUCCUGUUCUAUUCUCCAAGGUCGACUGGAUGACCAGUAUGUGAUCAGGAUCAUGAGAGACAAGCUGAAGUCAAAGCUGUGCAGGAACCAGGGUUUUGUCCUGGACGGCUUUCCCAAGACAUAUGAACAGGCCAAGGAUCUGUUCUAUGGUGAGACAGAAAUGUAUCCUGACUACUGGAAGUAUGUUACAAUGGCUGCAUCCCAAAUAGUACCUUAUUCCCUAUAUAGUGCACUACUUUUGACCAGGAAACCUAUUCCCUUUGGGCCCUAGUCAAAAGUAGUGCACUAUAUAGGGAAUAGGGAGACAUACAAUUUAUAGUUUCAGCUCAGUAACCAAAAUCUGUCUUAUUUGUUGUUUAGCUGAUGAUGAUGAGCCAGAGGAUAUGAGGUCAAAGAUCCCUCCAUUCAACAAGAAGAUCAUUCCAGGUCUGUCCAAGAUGGAAAACACAAAUACGUUUGCCUUUUUGUUUAUUACACGAUGAUCGUGAAUACCAAGCCAAGUAGUCACAGACACAGUGGUCACCAUUAUUUCAUAGUAGUUACAGAGCUGACCCUGUCUUUUGAGAUCUUUCAGAACAGUAUAUCUUCAGUGCUUUUCUAAUCUAGGAAACCCAGACCAAAAUAUUGCGUAAGAGAUUGCGUUUCUCCAUUGGAGAUUAGUGCUUUUCUUAAGUUGUGUUCUCUCUUGGUUCUAGAGUUUGUGUUCUCCCUGGACACCUCCGAUGCGUUCCUGAAGAACCGUGUCCUGAACCUCCCGGAGAGCCUGGUGGAGGGAACGUCCUAUUCUCAGGAGCAGUUCGUGCGUCGCCUUGCCAGGUUCCGGGAGAGCAGCGUGGAGGACGAGACCGUCCUCAACUACUUUGACGAGCUGGAUAUUCACCCGGAGCACAUUGGUAAAUACUGAGGGAACUAACUUAUCAAAUAGUUUAGCGUUGUACCCAUAGAAAUGUACCACUUGGCAUACCACUACGUCAUAAGUAGAUCUCCAUAUUGUCCAUCUCUGUGUUGGCUAUAAAGUACUUUUCUAUUUAAUUAUAUUCUAUUCUACUAUUCAUCUAUUAAUUCAGGUACAAUACAGCGUGAUUUUACUGACUACUACCUACUCAGUGUAUCUAAAGUAGUAAUUUGUGUUAUUUUGGGAUCAUUGUCAGAGAUCACCAGCAGUGAUGACCAGGAGUACCUGGUGGUGACAGAGAGGAUCAUCAAGUCAGUGGGGAAGCCUAAGAACUACGGCCCCACCAGCCAGGAGCUGGAGGAGGAGGAGAGGAGGAGCGCAGGCCGCCGGCUGAGAAAGGAGGCCCAGAAGAGGGCUGACACAGAGAGGAGGGAGACACAGGAGGCCCAGCAGAGAGCAGCCCGCUGGGAGGAGUGGGUGAGUACAAGAGGCGGGGUAUAAGAGAGGUUAGAACUUACCCACUCUUCCUCUUACCUGUAGCUUUCUUGAAGGAAGUGAUUGAGGGGUAGGUACCAAAAAAUGUAAACACACACAUCUCUCAUAAUUGUCAUAUUUUGUUUAUUCAAUACAGCCCUGUGAUGGUGUGUUUAGUAGCAGUCCUCUUACUGUAUGUUAAAGGACAAUUCUGCCACUUUUCCACCUCAUAUUCAUCAUCUCCAGCACCAAACCAGUGUCUACAUUUGUAAAAACAGCGUGUUUCUAUGAUCUGAGGCUAAAAAGAUAAGAAGCAAGGUCUUUAAAAAAAAGCUUCUCUGUGACAUCACAGGGUAGGAUUAAAAGUAAAAAACUAUGAUUUUCAAAACCUGCAGCACAUUUCUAUCCAAGGGAGGUUAUUUUCUUGCUCCCCACAUCACCAUGAAUCUCAUAGUGUUUGAAAAUCACUGUUUUUUAAAAUGUUGUAACUUUUGAUGAUGUCAUCGGGUAGAACUUUUUAACAUUAUAUAUUUUUCUACAAAACCUACCAGUUUUCACAUAUGUUGACACUGGUAUUGUGUUGGCGAUAAAAACAAUUUGGUUGAAAAGUGGUGGAGUUGCCCUUUAAUGUUUCUGUCUGUGUCUCAGAGUAAGUGUCUGGAGGAGGUGAAGAAACAGGAGCAUGAUCUCCUGGAGGCCCAGUCUGUUCCCUUGAGAAAUUAUCUGAUGAAGAACGUCAUGCCCACUCUCACCCAGGGCCUCAUCGAGUGCUGCAAGACCAGGCCUCAGGACCCUGUUGAUUUCCUGGUAAGACCACAUUAUAGAUACAAAAUAUAUAUUUCAGUCAUUUAGCAGACAGUCUUAUCCAGAGUGAAUUACAGUCAGUGCAUUAAACUAUGUAGUGCAUUAAACUAUGUUUAGUAGUGAAAAACAACCGCAUACUAAAGCAUUAUUUGUUGAACAAAUCCUCAUACAAAAUAUUUCCAAAGUUACCAAUACAUCCUCAAAUCAAAGUGAUGUUCAUAGCAUAGCUUGAUAUGGAAGAAAUGGCCAUAUUUCAAUGCAUGUUUAGGAAAAAAGACAAUUGGCAAAAAUAGUUACGAGGUUUUCAAAAAUAAUUACGAGGUUUUCAUCCGACAGCGACUAAAUAUAUUUAUUAUGGAAUGGGACUUUGUAAAAUAUAUUUAAAUGUUGCAUUCUGUGUUUUGUAUUUCAGGCAGAAUACCUCUUCAAGAGCAACCCCCAAGUGGAGUGAAACGUGACUUGUCUUCAAGACUUAUAACCUCAUAUCAGUACCAUCUACAAUUCAGAAUAUUUAAAAGUGAUUUAGUAAAAGCCUUUUCUCACAAG